GGGAGAGCACACUCAUGCUAUGGAAGGGGACGUUGCUGUCACAACAUACUCAGAGGGCUUGAAUGGUUUACCGGAAGAAUGCAAACAGAAUGAAGAUCUCACCAAUGGACACUCCAACCGCAAACCUGUGAGUAGUGGCCUCAAAGAACACAUCAAUGGGAAUUCUCGUCUGAAAUCUGUUCCGAUUUCAGCACUAAAACAGAAUGGACUAUUACAGUCUCUGGCUUCAGGAGGAGAUCAGAAAAAAACAGAAGAGGUGAACUCUGAGGUGGAGCGUGCUCAAGAGGAAUGGGACGCUCUGGAGAGCAUCCAACCAGUCCUCCCAGAGGAGCUGACUCCCUCUCCUCUGAUCUCCUUCAAUGAGGCCCUCCAGCACUUCCAGACCACAGACCUGGGGGACCUGCUGAAGAACAUCCAGCCCACCAUUCGUAGAACAGGCUUGGCUGCCAUCACACACUUCCUGUUUGGCCCGCCCAGGCUGCACCGAGAGCUCAUAGAGGAGAGAGACCUGGUGUUUGCCAUUGCCCAGUGCUCUCUGGAUAACGGUCAGCCCGUACACAUGCGUGUGCUACAGACUAUCUACAAGAAACUGACCAACAGCCGUGCAGACUGCCCCCGCUUCGGCCCACACUGGGAGAACGUAGGCUUCCAGGGUGCAGACCCUGCCACUGAUCUGCGUGGGACAGGUUUUCUGGGGCUGAUGCACACUCUGUAUCUGGUCAUGAAUCCUGAAACACUACCAUUAGCCAGGGACAUCUAUAAACUCUCCCAGCAUCCUGUACAGAACUUUCCCUUCAGCGUGAUGUCUAUCAACGUGACCCGCGUGGCUCUUCACGCCCUCAGAGAAGAAGUGCUGUCCAAGGAGUGUAACCGAAGGCAGCAGGUCGUGGGAGUGCUGAAUGACUACUACGUGGCCACGUUCCUGCACCUGUUCCAGCUGUGGAAGUCUCAGCAGAAAACCAUCUCCGACUCAGGCCACGUUCUCAAAGAAGUGGAAAUGUUUGCCAAGAAGAAUCCCAAACAGCUACUGAGACGCCUUGAGGGCUUCCUGAAGGAAAGACGCGCCGGGAUUGGACACAGAGCGUCACCUGACACGAUGUCACAUAGCAACACCUCCCCUGGUGACAGGGGCUCACGGGCAGGGGGGCAAGGGCCAAAGGAGGGUAAAGAGAUGAACUUUACUGGAGUGUGUGAACUACCGCCUGAGAUGGAGGGGGAAGCUCGCCUCAUCUGAGAGACAGAAAGAGAGAGAGAGAGAGGGGCAGAGAGAGAGAGAGAGAACACUGUUGUGAAAUGACCUGGCAGUAUACGCUCGUCAUCAGCUCUCUCUGUGUCCCUCUCCACAGACACGCACCUUACGUGCUAUAGGCAGUCAAACACAAAAA